CCGCGCAGCCGUACGCCGGUGGGAUCGAAGUACUAGCGAGCAUGACACCCGUCGUUUACUUGGUAUCUGGAUCGAAUCGCGGAAUCGGUUUCGGGCUGGUGAAGGCGCUAUCAGCCCGUGAAAACACCGUCGUAUUCGCGGGCGCCCGUGAUCCUGAGGCUGCAAAGGACCUCAACGCACUUGCUGCCGAGCGGCCUGGCAAGCUACACCUCGUGAAGCUGAUCUCGGCCGAUGCUCGAGGCAACGAAGAAGCUGUUGCGUUGAUCAAGGAGAGGGUCGGCCGGCUGGACGUCGUCAUUGCCAACGCUGGUAUGAACCAAGCCUGGGGACCGUUACACGAGGCGUCCGAAGAGGAUCUCAGAAAGCAUUUCGAGAUAAACGCCAUCGGCCCGUUCGUGUUGUUCAAGGCAGCGCUGCCCCUCCUCAAAGCGAGCUCGCCCGCGCCAAAGUUCGUCAUGAUCUCCUCACAGGGCGGGGGGAUCCAGUUCGGGGCAGCCCUGCCGUUCCCGCUCGGUCCGUACGGGAUCUCGAAGGCGGCCGGAAACUACUUGGCGCGCAAGCUGCACCACGAGCAUGAGGAGGAUGGGCUGAUUGUAUUUCCGAUCUGCCCCGGCGCAGCCGACACUAACAUGAGCACGCGCGGCGCGGAGCACGACGAGAGGAUAGGUGCUAUUCCGGUCAAGACUGUCGACGAGACCGCGCGGCUGCUGCUGAAUGUGAUCGACAAUGCCACGCGCGAGAACGAGGGCGGCCAGUUCAUGAACUUCGACGGAGCAAAGAACCCAUGGUGAACGGCUUGUCGCAACAACCUUGUCACAGCGUGCUUGUUAUCCCUCAUGGGUGUAUCAGUGUCAAGAAUACGUCCGUGCGCAGCAUGGUUACUGUUCGAAAUGCCACAGCCUGGGUGUCGAUGCGCAUAUACGAUUCCUCGAUUACUUGCCCAUACCACCGCGGAGCGAAGCGCUCCUCUCACAAGUUCGAGCGACAUCACAACAGAAGCCCGACUGCCCCGCCAACAAUACAGCAGCACCAUGUGAAU